UGACGCGUUAUGAGUUAAGAGUCCAGUCAUGUGACGAAGCAUUUUGUUGAUGAAAAGUGCACCGAAGACAAAAUAGAGAGAGAGAGAGAGAGAGCACAUAUAAAUAUAUACAGCAAAGGAGGUCCGUGAGCGUGACAGUGGAAAAGGAAUGACGCUGGGUCUGAUCAAUGCGAACCCCGUGGUUCACGCCAAGAAAGAGAGAAUCUCUCGCUCCGAAGAUCCUCACGCCGUUGAUGCUCUCGAUAUCUAUGAUUUCGUGAGGGAUAUUAGGGAUCCCGAACAUCCUUAUUCCCUGGAACAGCUCAGUGUCCUCUCCGAGGAAUCAAUCACCGUCGAUCACGAAUUAGGCCGAAUUCUGAUUACUUUUACGCCCACCGUUCAGCACUGUAGCAUGGCCACGGUUAUCGGUCUUUGUCUCAGAGUCAAACUCAAGCACUACUUCCCUCCUCACUACAAAGUGGACAUCAAGGUUUCUCCUGGAUCUCAUGCUGACGAAGAAUCAGUCAACAAGCAGUUAAAUGAUAAAGAAAGAGUGGUUGCUGCCUUGGAGAAUCCCAACCUCCGCCAGCUUGUGGAAGAGUGUCUCUACUCAAAUGAACUGUGAACAAGCAAAUAUGUCAGCAUUAUAGUAACUUUUGUACAGCGUUUUUACCGCUUACGAUGCUAUAAAAAGUAGUCGAUAUGUACGGAAAGUAGUUGGACGGGAUUUACCUUUCGAGAAGCUUUAUCUCUUUAAUUUUCAUAGGAUGUAUCUUUGUGUUUAGUAUGUGGUAUGUGUGUAAAUCAAGUUGAACAUCAAUCAUGUCAUAUUUUUGUACCUUCUACUACACAGAAUAUGCUUGAUCAGUCUGUUUACGGGUUGACCCGGUUCUUACACUUAAUUCAUGCCAUGCCGUUUAAAUUUGUUUGUUUUAAA